UCCCAACAUUGAGGUCAGUCCCGGAACUCCCCUCGGCGUCACUCGCUCCCUCAGUCCACACGUGGAUUCCUCGCGGACACGGGUCGCGUUUCAGAAUAGAUUAUAUACAUAAGUGCAUAACGUCAGUGAAUUAUCUCAUUGAGAAUGUGUGAAACAGGAAUGAUAGUCUGUAUUUGUUUGACAGUCAGUGAUUAAAAUGUAAUUUUCGGGAACUGAUUUGCUAGCCAGGUGAAAAUAAGGUAGAGUGGUUGGAUUGCGCAUCAUCAAGAUGAUAUGGUUGGCGUUAUUUCCAAAAGGCUAAUAUAUCAUGAACUGCAACAAAGCCUUUGUACUUAUGUUGUUUAUCUGCAGAAAAGAAAUAGAAACGGUGUGCUCGUUAUAGCGUUGGAUACCCAGAAAAGCUAGAAUAUUUAGAUAAUGGUGGUGUCAGGAGACCAAAAGCGUUUAUGUCUCAUCUGGGAGUAUUUAAAGCUCUUUUAGCAAAGCAUUAUACCAUCCAAGACAAGGAAACCAAGUGGACUUAUCACACAGAGGAGCAAUACGAGAGGAGAUCUCUAGAGGCAGCACUACACAAGAAGGCGGACACGAUGGUGCUGAUGCUGGGGUCGUGCGGCGUGCGGUGCGGCAAGGCGGUGCUGCUUGUGUUCAACCUCGUGUUCUUUAUGACAGGCGUGGCAGUGAUGGUUGUGGGCGUCUGGUGCGUCACCGGGGAUGGACGGGAUGUGAUGCUCGCCCUCGCGCCCACACCGGCGGACACGCCUACGCUCAUCCACCUAGCCUAUGGCCUCGUGGGCGCAGGCGGGCUAGUCCUGCUGACGUCCAUUCUGGGCGUGUGGGCGGCGCUAAAGGAAAAUAAAUGCGGCCUCGGAAUGUAUGUAACGAUCGUUGUUCUCGUGAUCACGGGCGAGGUUGCGGUGGGCGUUUUGGGCGUGAUGUACCAGCUGCGGGCGGUGAGCAGCCUCGGCGAGUCACUCACGACGCGACUCAAGGCGCUGUACGGCUCGCCCGGCCACGAGACCUUCACUCUCGCCGUCGACUACGUGCAGUACCAGCUGCAGUGCUGCGGCGUGUCGGGGCCGACGGACUGGGCGGAAUCGCGGUGGCUGGCGGAACGCGCGGGCGGGCCAGGGCGCGUCGUGCCACUCACCUGCUGCACGCUGCACCCUGACGCCCACGCCCACAUCAACCCCAAGCCCAUCAACGUUACACUGUGCCAGAGCGAGGAGGAACUCUCCAACCGCGUCGCGCGCUUCCAGCAGACCAGAAGGAAGAACUGGGUGUCCGUCACCAGGCAGUUUCAUAGCAAAGAUUGCAUAUCAAGUGCUGGCCAUGUCUCGAAGGCCGUGUGGGCGUAUAUGGGUGGAGGAGUUAUGUUUUCUGUGAGUGGAAGUGUUCUGGGCCACCAGAUGUGGCUUGUGUUUGUCAAUGAUGUAGUUGUAGCACUCUUCUUCUUGUUCCCAUAG